AUGGGGCGCUUCCAAUGCGAUAGCCCGCGCUGUGCGGAGUGCGGACGCAGCGAAGAUGCAGAUCUCACUUGCUCCAAGUGCAAAUCCGUGGUGUACUGCAGCCGAAGCUGCCAACGAGCGCAUUGGAAGAAACACAAGAAGGAUUGCACUGAAUUAGCCACCCAGUCGGACAGCAUUCUGAUAGAGGCAACACUGACGGUGGAACCUCAGUUCCUCGAAUGGCUCGAUCUCUGGCUGCGGGCCCGCCCUGCGUUGCUGGAUGGUGAUGCGGGAGUUGUAGAAGUGGUGAGUUCCACCGCGCCUGUACGUCGGAAGUCCUUGGAAUGCGCUGGCCGAGCGUUUCUGGAGGGCUAUGAGCGCUGCAUGGAGAGCUUUCGACCUGCUGACGCUCCGGAGGGCCCAGUGACCCUCAAGGAGGAGGUGCGGAGUGGCAGCCGCGUUAGCGUGCACAAUAGGUCAUGCCCACGGAGGACGAAGCCAUAUUUGCAGCGCUGUCAGGAACGUGCAGAAAGACGUUCCAAGUUGCGACCAGGAAAGGAGUUGAGCAGAAGAUUGCGAGGUGUCGAACUCUACACGCUCUUGGAGAUCAACGUGGACCUGGUGGAUGGCUUUCCCAGCAUGGACCAGGUGAAGGAUGCUUAUAGGAAACUGGUUCUCAUUCACCAUCCAGACAAGAAGGAAAGUAAAAGCCUCGCCUUUCAACUCAUCCAAGAGGCAUAUGAAUACCUCUCAGACCCUGAGAACAAGCAGAUCUACGAUAGCACGCUGCCCUUCGACGAUUCCAUCCCCAGUCGCUCGGAGCUUCGUAGCCGCGGCUUCUUCAAGACCCUCGAGAAGGUGUUCCAACGGAACGCCCGCUUCUCGGAGGGUGCGGAUCCAGUACCCGAACUGGGUGCUGCAGAUUCAGACUUAGAGAAGGUGUAUGACUUCUAUGAGUAUUGGUACAAUUUCGAGAGCUGGCGCGAUGUGAGUGUGGCGUUUUUGGAAAAACACGCUUUGGAGCUCGAAGACAUCCAGGACUGCUCGCGACAUGAACGCAGGGCCAGGCAAAAGCACAACGAACAAAUCAGGAAGCAAUUUGACGCACAAGAGCGGCUUCGGCUCAUGCGCAUCGUAGACCUCGCUUGGCAGAACGACCCGCGCCUGCGCUGGGUCUCCCUGAAGAAGGCCCCCGCUGAGCCACCUGUAAAGGUCGACUCGGCACCAGCGGCCACGGCAGCGGACGGGGUGGGGUCGGAGGCCCCAUUGCCGGGUAGUGUGGCACAGCAGCUCGCAGAGAAGUUCGCGGACGAGGAGAAGAGAAAGCAGGAUGAGCUGAAGAAGAUUGCCAAAGUUCGACGCCAAGAUCUCAAGAGGUUGGUGGAAAGUUUGGGACUUUUAGUGAGCGGCGUUGAGCUGGAGAAAUUCUGCUUGAAGGCGCCGGGCGACGCAGAGGAGUUGGAGGACCUGGCAGAGGAGGUGCAACGCCUGGCGAACCUGCCGCCGGAGGACGUGACGGAAGAGCUAACCGAGACGGAUGAGGAUGAGAAAAAGUCCAAAAAGGUGGAAGAAACCGAAGUUCCAAGCUGCACUUUCUGUAAUGGAACUGGCCUCAACUGCGUGAGCAAGCACAGCUGCAUGUUCUGUGAUGGUACGGGCAAGCAGAAGGUGGAGCCGGUCGCGGAACAAGAAGAACAACCCGUCAAGGAGAAGAAAUACCGCCGGAAGACGCCCAAGCAAUUGGCACAAGAAGCCAUCUUUGACGCCAUUUGGGCCUCAGGCAUGAGGCCCACUGAAACGCGGCAUUCGCCUGAACUCCGUCAAGCGCGUCAGGAAAGACAGGAGCGCGAAAGGGAGGAGCGCCGCCUGCGGCGGGAGCAUAGGCUUAAGGCAGAGAAACAGCUAAAGGAAGCGUGGAGAAACGCCAAACCCGAAAAGAAGGUGGAAAUGUGUGAUCUGAAAAGCGAAAAGAAAGUCUCCAUGUGUAUCAUCCCGGAGGUGGUUGAAAUUAACGAGGAGCCUGAUAAGGCAUGGCGUUAUGAGGACUGUGACGCGGGAAAUGAAAAGCGGAAGCUGGAAGAAGCUGAGGAUGUUCUAAGUAGUUUGGAGCACGACACCAAUCCCGAGACUGUAGACAAGAUCGCCAAGCUCACCGAGUUUGCACGCAUGGGCCUCCCGGUGCGAAGACGUGAAGAUCAGUGGGUUGAUUGGGGAAUGGGUCAAGGCAUUGAAGGUUCCACUCAAGUGAUCCUUGCAUCGUUAGUGGCUUCACAUGAACUGCGCUUGCUGCUCGGGGCGCUGGAGGAGAGGCGUGUCGAUGAACCCGACAAUUACGCCGACGAGGUCUUGCUGCUACUCUCGGAGUGCGUGGCCCCAUUCUUCGCCCUCGGGCUUCGGGCCAAAGCCACGGCGCCGAAGCUGCCGGCUGUGCUGCGGAAUCGCGUGAAACGCGUGCGGCAGGCGUUGCGAGAUUUGGUGCUGGGCUGCGACUUCUUAGCCGUUCUAGACGGCCACCUCAACACGUGCUGA